AGGAGGAAGAGGCGGGCUUCCACACUAAUCCUUACAAAAUGGCGACUGUUGUUGUUUUGCCGCAGGGUCAGUGAAUAAAUCCGCUUUUCAUUUCCAAAAAAAAAAUCUGCACCAGUUUGCAGACACGGUACUGAAAACCGUAGCGUCCUAAAGCCCAGCUUCGUGUGGACUGAAAUGAAAGGUAAAGAGCGCUCACCGAUUAAAAAACGCUCCCGGGCCUUGGACGAUAUUCGAGACAGGGGAGGAUGCCACCCGACCAGCAAGAAAAUGGGGGCUCUGUCCGUUUCCAGUGGGAGUAAUAAUGGGAAUAGCUCGACCAAAAGCGACGGCAGCUCGACGAGAAGGAGUCUGCUUGGUGAAAAAAGAGACAGGGACUUCGACGGUCAUGGUCGGACCGGUAAUAAUCACAGCUGCCAGGCUCCUGCUGCUAGCUCCGUCGGUAAAAACCACAACCUGAGCCUUACGCUGGAUUUAGCCGCACAGAGGACCACUUCACGGGGCGAGCAGCGUGUCCAGCCGCCUAACGCCGAGAGUGAGUACAAAACCCUCAAAAUCAGCGACCUGGGCACCCAGCUGAGUGAUGAAGAUAUAGAGGAUGGACUUUUUCACGAGUUUAAAAAAUUCGGGGAUGUGAGCGUUAAGAUAAGCCGUAGCAACGACGAGCGGAUAGCGUUUGUGAAUUUCAGAAAGCCGGAGGACGCCAGAGCCGCGAAGCACGCCCGGGGCCGGCUGGUGCUCUACGACCGGCCGCUGAAAAUCGAGGCCGUGUACAUCAACAGGAGGAGAAGCCGGUCCCCGGUUGAAAGAGAGAUAUAUGGAGCAGCUCCAAGCCAUAGACAUUUGCAGAGACCGCUGUCGCCCACCGGGCUGGGAUACAGAGACUACCGUCUGCAGCAGCUGGCCCUGGGCCGGCUCCCCCCUCCACCCCCGCCUCCCCCUUUACCCAGAGACCUGGAACGGGACAGGGAGUUUGCCUUGUUUGAGGCCAGGACACGUCCAGCCUUCAUUGCAGAACGAGCAGCUUUUCGUGAGGAGGAUUUUAUAUCUCCAGAAGAUGACCAAAGAGCAAAUAGGACGUUGUUUUUAGGAAACCUUGACAUAACUGUUACAGAGGCGGACCUGAGGAGGGCUUUUGACAGGUUUGGAGUAAUAACAGAAGUGGACAUUAAGAGACCUACACGGGGACAGACCAGCACAUAUGGAUUUUUGAAAUUUGAGAACCUUGACAUGGCCCACCGUGCUAAGCUUAGUAUGUCUGGCAAAAUAGUGGGCCGCAACCCCAUAAAGAUAGGCUAUGGAAAAGCAACUCCCUCCACACGCCUGUGGGUGGGUGGACUUGGACCCUGGGUUCCCGUAGCUGCACUAGCAAGAGAGUUUGAUCGGUUUGGCACAAUAAGGACCAUUGACUACAGAAAGGGGGACACCUGGGCCUACAUUCAGUAUGAAAGCUUGGAUGCUGCACAAGCUGCAUGCACACAUAUGCGGGGUUUCCCGUUGGGGGGCCCAGAGAGAAGACUAAGAGUGGACUUUGCUGACACUGAGCAUCGUUAUCAGCAGCAGUUCCUGCAGCCUCUCCCAAUCCCACCGUUUGACAUGGUGGCUGAGUCUUUUGUCCACCGUGCUACACCUGAACCUCUGAGGGUCAGGGAAAGAACUCCACCGCCACUUCACUUCAGAGAGAGAGAGCUGUUCCCUGGAGCUGAAUGGCCCAACCCAGCUAUUAGGGAACGGGUUCGUGCCUCCCCGUUUGAGCCCUUGGAGCAUUUGGAACGUGAACGGCGAGCACGAGAGCCGUGGUCUUUGGAACGAGAGCUGCAGGGGCGUGAACCAGCACGGAAACGCCGUGUGAUGGAGGAUGGGCGGCACUUAGAUCACUCCCCAGACAGCACUGAACGGACAGUAAGGCGUCGACGUGCCUCUCCAGAGGGCAGUCCUGGAGGCAGCAGCAGAGAUGGAGGGCGCUUCAGUGACUCAGAGCGCCCUCUAAGGGGUGAAAGACCCUCACCACCACGAGAACGUCACAGCAGCCUGGAGCGAGGUGGUGCUGAACGGAGACUGAAAAGCCAGAGUCUUUCUGAAAAGGGACCCUCAAGUAGCGUCCUUUCCACUGUUGGGGAGCGUAAGCGCAAAGCGGGUGAGGGCAUCAAAGGACCAGCCAAAAGAGAGCGCUCUGAGAGCAGUUCCAAAGGCACCCAGCCAUUCAAGCCAGAUGGCACCAAACUCAGUCUGGCUUGGCAUGGUAUGCUACUUCUGAAAAACAGCAACUUCCCAGCCAACAUGCACCUGCUGGAGGGCGAUCACAACGUAGCCAGUGACCUGCUCAUUGACAGCACGACGGGGAGGCAGGUGAGCGAGCUAAAGAUCACUCAGCGUCUCCGUCUGGACCAGCCCAAGCUUGAUGAGGUCUCCCGACGUAUUAAGGUGGCGGGUCCUGGUGGAUACGCUAUCCUGCUGGCAGUUCCUGGGAGCACAGAGGAUACAUCUUCAUCAGAUCCUGCAGCUUCAACUCAGCGGCCUCUUCGCAACCUGGUGUCCUACCUCAACCAAAAACAAGCAGCUGGAGUCAUCAGCCUGCCUGUGGGAGGAAGCAGAGAUAAAGACAACACAGGGGUUCUUCAUGCUUUCCCUCCCUGUGAUUUCUCCCAGCAGUUCCUGGAUUCCUCUGCUAAAGCUCUGGCUAAAAGUGAAGAAGACUAUUUGGUCAUGAUUGUGGUUCGUGGAGCAUCUUAAAAAAAAAAAAAAAAAUCAGAACACACUAAGUUCAACUAAUGUAAAAAAAAAAAAAAUCUGCUGUAUAUCAGUAACUAUUGCAUGCUGUGUGUUCUGCAUUAUGGGGUACACUAGUAUGGUUGUUGAGUGUUUGUAUGUUGCCAUGUAAUCCACUAAAAGUUAAAACACUUUCCCCCCUUAAAGGGUGUUUGUUUGAACUCUUUCCAAGGGGAAUAUGAAUAUCUCAAAAAUUCAGAAACUUGCAAAAUUCAUUCACAAUACUGUAAAAUAGUGAGAUACAGGGGGGGGAUUGAUGAAAAAAUAUAAAAUUCAACUUAAUUCAAUACCAAAAGAAAUGUUCUAUUGAAUACACUGUUUUGGUUUAUUACAGGUUUAAAAAAGUGUAGUUCUACUUCC